CUUAGAAGGCAGCCUCUCCGCAGCAGAAACACCACACUUCCGCGCAGCUGAUGAAGAUUUGUUUAUCACAAUUCUCUAAUUCUAAAAGCAAAAGCACUUCAAAAGGCAUCUGAAACCCUCCAAUAUAUCACCAAUUCCUUUCUUGCUUGCAAAGCAAAAACACACUUUGCUUUCCUUUUCCCCACCUCCUUCCCAGAGUGUGUGUGUGUGUGUAUCUCUCUCUCUCUCUCUCUCUCUCUUAUAUUUCUCUCUUUAAAUCGCCGAAAAGAUCACAUCAUAUCUUCGCAACAACCCACAUUGAAUAAGUGAGAGCUGAAACCGAGAGGAGACUGCCGAGGAUUGGCGGUGCUUUUCGGAAAUGGCCAGCUCCAGCGGGACGAAGAACGACUUCCUGGGGCCGCCUCAGUCAUCAUCGAGGGCAAUGACCACUAGGGCUUUGGACGACGCGUUGGACAGCAUAGUUGUGCCCCCUGCACUUGACUCAAUUGCUCCGAUUUUUCGAGUUGCGGAUGAGAUUGAGAAGGACAACCCUAGGGUUGCUUAUCUCUGCCGCUUCCAUGGAUUUGAGAAGGCAAACAUGAUGGAUCCAACAUCAAGUGGACGUGGUGUUCGACCCUUUAAGACGCUCCUUUUGCACAAACUUGAAAGGGACGAAGUGGAUACAAAACAUCAGCUUGCUAGAUCUGAUCCACAAGAAAUUCUGAAGUAUUACCGCCAAUUCUAUGAGAAAAAUAUCAAAGAUGGAGGGUACACAAAGAAACCGGAAGAGAUGGCUAAGAAUUGUCAGAUUGCAAGAGUACUGUAUGAUGUGCUCAUGACACUGGUACCUCAAUCCCAAAUAGACAAACAGACACUGAAGAUGGCUGAAGAUGUCCAGAAGAUGGCUGAAGAUGUCAAGAAGAAAAAGGAGCAGUAUGUCAACUAUAACAUUCUUCCGCUUUAUACUGUUGGUGUUCAACCAGCAAUUAUGGAACUUCCCGAGAUCAAAGCAGCGCGCCGUGCUCUACAAAAUGUGAACAGUCUUCCAAUGCCAAUAUUUCAUGUAAAAUCCGUGAAUCCUGAUGACAGUUCAACAGCGCCUACAGAGAGGAUUAAACCUGUCAAUGAUAUACUCGAUUGGCUUUCGUAUAUUUUUGGGUUUCAGAAAGGAAAUGUGGCGAAUCAGAGGGAACACUUACUCUUGCUACUUGCCAACAUGGACGUAAGACACAGAAAUCUUGAAAAUUUCACUGAGUUGAACAGUGCCACUAUACAACAAUUGAGCGAGAAAAUUUUUAAGAAUUAUCGUUCCUGGUUUAACUAUUUGCAUUGUAAAUCAAAUAUUAGGUUCCCUCCGGGUGAAGACAGACAAGAAUUGGAACUUAUUUACAUUGCGCUCUAUCUUCUCAUAUGGGGUGAAGCUUCAAAUAUUCGGUUCAUGCCUGAAUGCUUAUGCUAUAUUUUCCAUCAGAUGGCCAAAGAGGUAUAUGGAAUUUUAUCUAGCAAUGCUCAUCCGGCUAAUGGAGAAACAUACGAAACAACAGCACGGGAAGAAGAAUCUUUUCUGAAAGAUGUUGUAACUCCUAUCUACCAGGUCUUGUACAAGGAGGCAAAGAGAAACAAAAAUGGCAAGGCAAGUCAUUCAAGAUGGAGAAAUUAUGAUGAUCUAAAUGAAUACUUUUGGUCCGACAGUUGUUUUAGGCUAGGGUGGCCAAUGGACCCUAAAGCAGAUUUUUUUAGGCAUUCAGAUGGGAUUCAACCAACAAAGGAGAGGCCAAAUCAAGCUGCUGGUGGGAGGAGGAAACCUAAAACAAAUUUUGUAGAAGUCCGAACAUUUUGGCACCUCUACAGAAGUUUUGACCGAAUGUGGAUAUUCUUGAUAUUGGCUUUCCAGGCUCUGCUUAUUGUUGCAUGGAGUCCUUCUGGUUCUCUGACUGCUUUCUUUGAUGCGGAUGUCUUCAGAAGUGUUUUAAGUAUCUUCAUCACUAAUGCUUUCCUCAACUUAUUACAAGCCACUCUGGAUAUAAUUCUUAGUUGGCAUUGUUGGAAGAGCUUGGAAUUCACUCAAAAACUACGAUACCUCUUGAAAUUUGCUGUAGCUGGUGUAUGGGCUGUGGUUCUGCCUAUUGGUUAUUCUAGUUCUGUGCAGAGUCCUACAGGACUUCUAAAAUUCUUCAGCAGUUGGUCUAGGGAUUGGCGGAAUCAAUCAUUUUAUAAUUAUGCUGUCGCGCUCUAUCUACUUCCUAAUAUAUUGGCUGCUGUGCUAUUAUUUCUUCCACCUUUACGGAGGCACCUAGACCGCUCAAGCUGGAGGAUUGUCACUCUCUUUAUGUGGUGGGCUCAGCCAAAAAUGUACGUAGGAAGAGGGCUUCAUGAGGACGUCUUUUCACUGCUGAAAUAUACGCUGUUUUGGAUCAUGCUGCUAAUCAGCAAGCUAUCGUUCAGCUAUUACGUGGAGAUACUGCCACUUGUUGCACCUACAAAAAUAAUAAUGGAAAUGCCUAUAAGUAAUUAUCGAUGGCAUGAGUUCUUUCCAAAUGUAACUCAUAAUAUUGGCGUUGUUAUUGCAAUAUGGGCUCCAAUCGUCCUGGUUUAUUUUAUGGAUGGACAAAUAUGGUAUGCAAUAUUUUCUACUAUCUUUGGUGGAAUUCAUGGAGCCUUCAGCCGUGUGGGUGAGAUACGGACCCUUGGGAUGUUGAGGUCCAGAUUUGAAUCUGUGCCUUCUGCUUUCAGUAAUCGUCUUAUGCCGUCACAAAAUGAGUAUGCAAACAAGGAAGAACCGAAUGAGCAACGCCAACGAAAGAACAUUGCUAAUUUCUCUCACGUUUGGAAUGAGUUCAUAACUUCAAUGCGAGGGGAAGACCUUAUCAGCAAUAGAGAUAGAGAUCUGCUGCUUGUUCCAUAUUCAUCAGGUGAUGUGUCUGUUGUCCAGUGGCCUCCUUCCUUGCUUGCCAGUAAGAUUCCGAUAGCAUUAGACAUGGCAAGACAUUUUAAGGGGAAGGCAGAUGAUGAUUUAUUUAGAAAGAUUAAGAAUGAUGGUUGUAUGUACUCAGCAGUAACUGAAUGCUAUGAGACACUCAAGGAUAUUAUAUAUGGCCUUUUGGAAGAUGAAGCGGAUAAGAUGAUUGUAAAGUGGAUAUGCUCUGAAGUAGACAGUAGCAUACAGCAGCAUAGAUUUUUGACUAAAUUCCGCAUGAGCGGGCUGCCAUUUCUUAGCGAGAGGUUGGAGAAUUUUCUAAAGCUCUUGCUAGUCGCAGAUGAGGAUGAUGAUAAUGUCUAUAGUUCCAUGCAUCAGAUAAUCAAUGUCCUUCAAGAUAUCAUGGAGAUUAUCACACAGGAUGUUAUGAUCAACGGCCGUGAAAUACUGGAGGCAGCACAUCACAUUGAUCCUCAAAAUGUCAAGAGGGAACAAAAGUUGCAAAAGCUUAAGAUUGGCUACAGACAUAAGGAUUGGAGGGAGAAGGUAGUCAGACUUCAUUUGAUUUUGACUGUCAAGGAGUCUGCCAUCAAUGUCCCUCAAAACUUGGAAGCUCGCAGGCGCAUUACCUUCUUUGCAAACUCCUUAUUCAUGAACAUGCCACGUGCUCCCAAAGUUCGUGACAUGCUCUCAUUCAGUGUUCUGACUCCUUAUUACAAAGAAGAUGUGCUCUAUUCUGAUGAGGAACUUAUACGAGAAAAUGAGGAUGGAAUCUCAAUUUUGUUCUACCUGCAGAAAAUAUAUCCUGAUGAAUGGACAAAUUUCAAGGAACGGCUAAAAGAGAUUCCUGAGGACAGAUCAGAGUUAACUCGUCAGUGGGUAUCUUACAGGGCACAGACACUUUCUAGAACAGUGAGAGGGAUGAUGUACUAUAGGAAGGCUUUAGACCUUCAGUGUGUCCUGGAAACAGCAGGAGAUAGUGAUUUUUUUGGAGGCUACCAAACCUUAAACGAAAAUGCUGAGCGGGCUUUUCGAGAUCGUGCACAAGCUCUGGCAGAUUUGAAGUUUACAUAUGUACUUUCUUGUCAGGUCUAUGGUGCUCAGAAAAAUUCCAAUGAACCUCGGGAUAGAAGUUGUUACAUUAAUAUCCUGAAGCUGAUGCUAAUGUAUCCAUCUCUACGUGUUGCUUACAUAGAUACAACGGAGGAGCAAGUGAAUGGAAAACCCCAAAAAACUUACUUUUCUGUUCUAGUCAAGGGAGGUGACAAAUGGGACGAGGAAAUAUACCGUAUCAAGCUUCCAGGUCCUCCUACAGAUAUUGGCGAAGGAAGACCUGAAAAUCAAAACCAUGCCAUUAUCUUUACUCGCGGAGAAGCCCUGCAGACAAUAGACAUGAAUCAGGAUAAUUACUUCGAAGAAGCUUUCAAAAUGAGAAAUGUGUUGGAGGAAUUCCAAAAGCAUCGUCGUGGGAACCAAAAACCCACAAUAUUGGGUCUAAGGGAGCAUAUUUUCACUGGAAGUGUUUCAUCAGUUGCUUUGUUCACGUCGAAUCAAGAGACCAGUUUUGCAACCAUUGGCCAAAGAAUUUUGGCAAAUCCACUGAGGGUACGGUUCCAUUAUGGUCAUCCUGAUAUAUUUGAUAGAAUCUUCCACAUAACAAGAGGUGGCAUAAGCAAAGCUUCAAAAGUAAUAAACUUAAGCGAUGAUAUAUUUGCAGGGUACAAUUCAACUAUGCGUGGGGGAUUUAUAACACAUCACGAGUAUAUCCAAGUAGGCAAGGGGCGUGACGUGGGAAUGAACCAAAUAUCACUUUUUGGGGCUAAGGUUUCAAAUGGAAAUGGAGAACAGACACUUAGCCGUGAUGUUUACCGGCUUGGGCGUCAGUUUGAUUUCUUCAGAAUGCUGUCCUUUUACUUCACAACAAUUGGAUUCUAUUUUAGUAGUAUGGUAACUGUGCUGGCUGUAUAUGUGUUUUUAUAUGGACGUAUGUACAUGGUUAUGAGUGGGUUAGAGAAGGAGAUCAUGGAGAAUCCAGCCAUACAUGAGAACAAAGCCUUCGAAGAGGCUUUGGCUGCCCAGUCUGUCUUUCAACUGGGCUUGUUGCUUGUGCUUCCCAUGGUAAUGGAAAUUGGCCUAGAGAAAGGGUUCCGCACUGCCUUGGGUGAUUUUGUCAUCAUGCAGCUGCAGUUGGCCUCUGUUUUCUUCACAUUCCAACUUGGAACAAAAGCCCAUUACUAUGGAAGGAAAAUCUUACACGGAGGAUCUAAAUACCACGCAACUGGCCAUGGUUUUGUUGUCCAUGCAAAGUUUUCCGAGAAUUAUAGACUCUACUCACGCAGUCACUUUGUGAAAGGGUUGGAAGUGCUGAUUCUGCUGAUUGUUUUUGGAGUCUAUGGGGAAUCUUAUAGGAGUUCAAAUCUUUUUCGGUUCAUCAUUUUCUCCAUGUGGUUUCUGGUUGCUUCGUGGUUGUUUGCUCCUUUCAUAUUCAAUCCGUCCAGCUUUGACUGGCAGAAAAUUGUAGAUGAUUGGACAGAGUGGAAUAGGUGGAUGGGAAACCGUGGUCGUAUUGGGAUAUCACCUGACAAAAGUUGGGAAUCAUGGUGGGAUGAAGAACAGGAACACCUCAAAUACACAGGUUUCCGGGGAAGAAUUCUUGAGAUAAUACUUGCGCUUCGGUUCCUUAUUUACCAAUAUGUAAUUGUUUACCACCUUGAUAUAGCUCAUCACAGCAAGAGUUUACUGGUUUAUGGACUUUCUUGGGUGGUUAUGGUAACUGUUCUUCUCGUUCUAAUGAUAGUUUCCAUGGGUGGACGAAGAUUUGGCCCCGACUUUCACCUCAGGUUCAGGAUUUUGGAAACGCUUCUGUUUCUUGGUUUCAUGUCAGUCUUGAUUGUCCUAUUUGUUGUUUGCGGCCUUACCAUUUCAGAUCUAUUUGCUGCAAUCCCUGCCUUUCUACCAACAGGCUGGGCCCUCCUUCUGAUCGGACAAGCAUGCAGGCCGGUGUUCAGAAGGCUAGGAUUCUGGGAAUCAAUCAAGGAGCUUGGACGAGCAUACGAUUACAUAAUGGGACUAGUAAUCUUCACGUCCAUAGCCAUUUUGUCAUGGUUCCCGUUUGUAUCAGAGUUCCAAACACGUAUCCUCUUCAACCAAGCAUUCAGCAGAGGCCUGCAGAUUUCCAGGAUUCUUGCAGGAAGGAGAGACAAGACUGCGUCUUGGACAGAAACUUAAAAAUUUCCAUCUACAUCGAAGCUUUUAGCAUCUCUAAGUUCAUGUCCGCAAUUAGAAUAUAACUAGAAAGUGAUGCUUGCGCGUUGCUGCGGGAUUAAAAAUUGUAUGAAAAAUUGUGUAACUUCAUUAUCUUCAUAAGCAAUGUUUUGUUUAGGACCUUGCAAUGCCUUAACUCACUCCUUAGUUAAUUUACCUGCCUCGUAGUGAAUAUAGGAAUGUGGUGACUUAGCACUUGGGUUACCUAAGUCUUUUGUGUAUAGUGGAUGAUGUGGGUAUAUACAAUCCCAUUGUAAUUCCCUUUGAAUUAUGAAAUAACAAACUUAUCUUUUCUCUACAA